AUGUCAACUGGUCUUGUCAUGACUCUUCUCUUCAUGACAAUACUCAUUGAAUACUCAACAGUGUUACAUCUUGCACAUGCCUACAUUCCAGUUGUUGGCACCGAUGGUAUCAUGAUUGAUGUUUGGUGGGGCCUCGUUGAGAAACAACCUCGUCAGUACAACUUUGCACCCUAUCGACAACUUUUCCAAUUAUGCCAACAAGUAGGACUCCAGGUAGAAGCUGUUCUAUCCUUCCAUCAAUGUGGAACCAAUGUUGGAGACUCGACUUUCAUUCCAUUACCUCAAUGGGUCUUACAAGUUGGUAAACAAAAUCCCGACAUCUUCUAUACGGAUCAAACGGGUCAUCGGGAUGAAGAAUAUUUAUCAUUGGGAGUAGAUUUGGUACCGUUAUUUCCUUCAUCAGCCAAUACAUCCUCUUCAUUGCGAACUGCUGUUGAUUUGUAUGAAGAUUUUAUGAAGGCUUUCCGACAAGAAUUUCAAGACUUGUUGCAGAAUGGAGUGAUGAAAAAAGUUGAAGUUGGACUGGGACCUGCCGGAGAAUUGAGAUAUCCUUCGUAUCAGUUACAGAAUAAUUUAUGGAGCUUCCCUGGAAUUGGUGCUUUCCAAUGUUAUGACAAGUACAUGCUUUCUAAUUUAUCCAUCUCUGCUCGCAAUAUUGGUCAUGCCAAUUGGGGUUACGCUGGUCCCAACAAUGCCGGUUAUUACAAUUCCAUGCCUUGGCAAACUGCUUUUUUCAGCGACAAUGGUGGUGACAAUUACAAUUCACCUUAUGGUAAAUUCUUCUUACAGUGGUACAGUGGCAUGUUGAUUCAACAUGGUGCCAAUGUACUCUCACGAGCUAGAAAUGUGUUUGGACCCAAUGUCGAAUUGUCAGCAAAAGUUGCUGGAAUUCACUGGUGGUAUUUUACAUCAAGUCAUGCUGCCGAAUUAACUGCAGGGUAUUACAACACUCCGUAUUACAAUGGCUAUAAAGACAUUGCCAUCAUGUUUUCGCGCUACAGAAUUGGUUUCGAAUUUACUUGCCUCGAAAUGACCGACAAUUCUCAACCUUCGUAUUGUCAAUGCGGUCCUCAAGAACUCGUAGCUUUGACACGUGACACAGCAUGGCAAUAUGGAGUUUCGUAUGGUGGAGAAAACGCCUUGCCAAUGGAUGGAAAUUAUGGAGCCAUUGAUCAAGUUGUGAAACAAUCGAGUGCGAAUGGAAAAGUAAUUGAAUCAUUCACAUAUUUGAGAUUGAAUGAUGGAUUAGUGUACAAUUCGUAUAAUUUCAACGCGUAUGCUCAGUUGGUCUCUCGUUUGCAUGCCCUGAGUGGUGAAAGCUUUGAAAAGUUAAAGACCACAUUGAAACAACAUGGUCGUCAUGAUCAUGAGAUUGUUAAGGAAAUGAAGGAUGUUGAGCUCAUUGAAAAGUUAUUGAAGAGUUUGACAGAAUUGAGUGACUCCAAGAAGAAGAAGAAUGGAAGAAAGUUUGGUUAUGAUUUGUUCGAUGAUGAUUCAUUGUUGACUUUCAACUGA